AUUCAUAUAUUAAUGUCAUCGAUGAGAGUCAUAUAAAAGGUGUUUUGUGAGAAUUAUUCAAGAAAUACCUUUAUUUUGAAAAUUUUAUAGUCGCGAAAUUAUGGACGUGUUAAAUACCCAUUUGGAUACGAUUCGCGUGCCUGAGCCCCUCGAUAAAGUUUACAAGGAUGAAUGUUUGUUUUCGUUUGACAAUGGGAAUACAGAUACGGGUUUAUUCAUAAGCCUCACGUCUUUUUGGGGAUUAGGAAAAGACUAUGUUGAAUUGUACCACAGGAAAACAGGGCAUUCGGUAUUUUUACAUAUAAAAAGGGAAUGGUAUAAAGUUCCAUCCUCUUCUCAGGGAGAUGGUCCAGAAAAAAAGAUAACCAGGUUAGCAAUAGGCAUGGAAGGUGGAUUUGAUCCAUCAAAAGAGAAUAAAUUUGAAUUUCGAGAAACGUAUACCAUAGUAAUUUUACCUAGCUUUAAGUCUCUGUCUUGGCCAGAUUCUCAGUUUCCCGAUAUCAUUAACAAAUCCGUGAAGAGAAUACUUAAAGCAGAGUCGGCCAACAAGUUAGCAGAGCUAGAAGCACUUCAGGGAACUUGGGAUGGGGAAGUUAGAGUUGUUAGUAAGCAUGCUAAAGACUUAAAACAGUUGGACAAUGGUAAAAAGAUUCCCCCUACUGGCUGGAAAUGUGAAAAAUGUGAGAAGACUGAAAAUUUAUGGUUAAAUUUGACCGAUGGCUCAGUGUUAUGUGGACGCCGCUUUUUCGACGGUUCUGGAGGUAAUAACCAUGCAAUUCAGCAUUUCAGUGAUACAGGAUACCCACUGGCUGUGAAACUAGGAACCAUUACCAAAGACGGAAAAGCAGAUAUUUUCAGUUAUACAGAAGAUGAUAUGGUAGAAGAUCCUUACAUAAAAGAACACCUCGCCCAUUGGGGUAUAAACGUAGCCACGAUGGAAAAGACGGAAAAAUCUAUGGUCGAAUUAGAAUUGGAGCUUAAUAAAAAGACCAAUGAAUGGGCAAUGUUACAAGAAAGUGGAAGUAAACUAAAACCGGUCUAUGGUCCCGGCUACACGGGUAUGAUUAAUUUAGGCAAUUCCUGUUAUUUAAACAGCGUUAUGCAAGUGCUGUUUACCAUUCCCGAUUUCAUAAAUCGUUAUGUAGAUCAAGCCGGUCAAAUCUUUGAAAUGUUCAACAUCAAUUCCUGUCCAGCUGAUGAUUUUAACAUUCAAAUGGCCAAGAUAGGAGUAGGUUUACUAUCAGGCAAAUAUUCGAUAGCGCCGGACGAAUCGAAGCCCGAUUUUAAUGGCAUCAGUCCUCGAAUGUUUAAGACAUUGGUGGGUCGUGGACAUCCUGAUCUUUCCACUAGCAAACAGCAGGACGCCCAGGAGUUUUUCUUGCACGUUGUCAAAUUAUUAGAAUACAAUAACAAGAAUCGAAUAAAUCCUGCAGAUUGUUUUAAGUACAAAGUCGAAGAACGAGUCCAGUGCGUAUCAUCAAAAAAGGUCAAGUACACGUACAGGUCGGAUAACAUUUUACCCUUGAGUAUAUCACUCGAGGCUGCCGUAAAUAAAGAGGAGGUGUCCGCAUAUGAAGAAAGAAAAGCUCAGUUAGAAGCAGAAGGCAAAAAAAUUGAUCCAAGUCAAGUGGUCAGACCUCGAAUAAAAUUUAUUUCUUGCUUAGAAUCGUUUGCACAGUCCGAGUUAAUAGAGCAGUAUUUCAGCACAGCCGUGAAUUCUAGAACAACGGCCAGAAAGACGACGCGCAUUGCCACCUUUCCCGAUUAUUUGCUGAUUCAACUGAAAAAAUUUACACUUCGGGAAGACUGGGUGCCAAUAAAAUUGGACGUUGCCGUCGAAAUGCCCGACGUAAUCGAUUUGUCGUCCUUGCGAGCUACCGGACCUCAACCAGGCGAAGAAGAAAUGCCCGAACUAACGGGAAGUCUGCCUUCGCCGCCUCCUAUUGACGAUCUCGUCCUCAAGCAACUCAUGGAUCUGGGAUUUCCAGUCGAUGCAUGUAGACGAGCCAUUUUCUUUACGAAAAAUACAGGAGUAGAAAACGCAACGGCAUGGCUCUUCAAACAUAUAUCAGACAGCGACUUCAUGGAGCCGUUCAUGCCGCCUGGAUUGGAAGGACUGUCAAAGGUUACGAGCGAUUUUGUGCCUGAUCGAGAUGCUGUGGACGCUAUCAAAGGAAUGGGAUUUGCCGAACAACAGGCGGUCAAAGCAUUAAAAGCGACUAAUAACGAACUCGAACGUGCUGUUGAUUGGAUUUUUUCGAAUCAAGAAGAAGUGGAAGAUACAACAAUUGCCAGUAAUGAAAGCUCAGAAUACCGUGACGGAGGAAGUCAAUACCAGUUAGUGGCUUUUAUAUCACAUAUGGGAACGUCGGCAGCGGCAGGUCAUUACGUCGCUCAUAUUUACAAAGACGGUCACUGGGUGAUAUUCAACGACAAUAAAGUUGCUUUAUCGGAAAAUUUACCCAAAGAACUUGGAUACUUAUACCUCUACAAACGUUUUUAACGAAGUGUCAUUAUAACUUUGUAAUUCUUUUCUAUUUGAAUACAUUUAUUAUUUGUAUACAAUCAAUACACAUGUCAGAAUUAGUGAAAUAAAAAGUAAUUCAAAGAAAGUUUA